AUGGCUGACGAAAGAAAACCUCUCUCAGAGGUCAUUCCUCCCCUCAUCCUCGGAACCGCAACGUUCAACCACCAAUACCAUCCCGAUCCAACUCGCAUGCCCUAUACCGACAUCGUAGGCCGCGCCCUCGCCCACAACAUCCUCGGCUUCGAUACAUCUCCCUAUUACGGUCCCUCCGAGAUCCUCCUCGGCGAUGCGCUGCGGAAAUUAACGCCUCCUCCGCCUCGGGAGAACUACUUCCUCAUCACGAAAGCUGGGCGCAUCGCGGGUGAUGAGUUCGAUUACUCCCCCGCCUGGAUCCGAUAUAGUGUUUGUCGCAGUCUUGAACGGCUGGGCACUUCGUAUCUUGAUCUUGUGUACACGCACGAUGUGGAGUUUGUUUCGUCCGAGGAGGUCCUUGCUGCUGUUACGGAGCUGCGAAGGUUGAGGGACCAGGGCCUCGUUCGCUAUGUCGGAAUCAGUGGAUACCCAGUUGAUACGCUUGCGUCGCUGGCGGAGAUGAUCUUGCGCGAGACAGGAGAGCCGUUGGACGCUGUUAUGUCGUACAGCAACUUCUGCGUGCAGAACAGCCAGCUGGGAAACAAAGCAUUGCUAGAUCGCUUCCAAGCAGCAGGCGUAGACUGCGUGCCAAACGCCAGCAUGCUCGGCAUGGGACUGUUAACCACCCGCGGCAUCGACAACAGCCCCAUGCGCGCAUGGCACCCCGCCCCAGAAGAGCUCCGCGACCUAUGCGCCAAGCUCUCCAGCAUCGCCCAAGACUCAGGCGAGCAUCUCGAAGAAGUUGCUAUCCGGUGGGCGCUCGAGAACUGGGCGCGCGUAGGCUCACGGUUCGGCACAAAGAUCAAUCCCAGCGACACAGGCCGUCUUGGUGUAAGCGUCAUGGGAGUUUCCAGCGUAGACGAGCUUGAAGAAACAUGGGCCCUGUGGACGAGCGUAGUAGGCCUCGUAGGCGAUGAAGAAGCGACGCAGCGGAAAGUCAAGAUUGAGAGUCUCGUGAGAGAAAAGAUGUGGCCUGCGCUUGGGAAGUGGAAGGAUUAUGCGUGGGGGAGCGGCGGUCCUGAAUUUGUGAAUGCGAGACGGGUUGAGGAUAUGGGGGUUGUGCCGAGGGAUGAGACGGCGGUGCGGUGGAGGUUGAUACCCAGUGCCAUGGACACACCCAAGAUUUAG